CCGGCGCGACCUCUAGGACUUACCCAGAAGACAUCACUGCACUCUGGGGUCAAAAUGGCGGGCAGGCCUGCGGGUAAAGUGGCAGGAAGAAAAGGAUCGGAGACCCUCGUCCCGUGCCUCGAGCUUAAUAGAAAUAGAAGCAGCCCACAGAGGUUGAUAGUGAAACUUCAAGUCCACCUUGGUUUUUCUGAACGGUCUCACCACAUAGUUCAGGCUCGUCUUAGAUUCACUAUGUACCCCAGGCUGGCCCUGAACUCAUGUGUGCUAUCAGUUGCAGCAUCAGGCCGGUGGCUGGGUGGUAUUCGGAAAUGGUAUUACAGUGCUGCAGGGUUCAAUAAGCUGGGCUUAAUGCGUGAUGAUACAAUGUACGAAGACGAAGACGUAAAAGAAGCCAUAAGAAGGCUUCCCGAGAACCUGUAUAAUGAUAGGAUGUUUCGCAUUAAGAGAGCAUUGGACCUGACCCUGAAGCAUCAGAUCUUGCCGAAAGAACAGUGGACAAAAUAUGAGGAGGAUAAAUGCUACCUUGAACCGUAUCUCAAAGAGGUUAUUCGGGAAAGAGAAGAAAGAGAAGAAUGGGCAAAGAAGUAAUCGCAGUUGAAAUCUGUGGAUGCAGCUGUCUUCAAAAUAUUUUUAUGAACUUGAUUAAGCCUGAAAUAUAAUUUUAAGAAUUAUUUAGUCUUCAGACAUCCUACUUUAAAUAAAUGUCUGAAUAAUCA